AUUUGUGGAAGGGUUUAGGAAAAUGCGCGAGUAGAGGCGACAAGGCUGUGGCGCUUUCGAUCGGAGGAUUAGGGUUUGGGGAAGAGCGCAGCGGUGAUGGCGCUCAUGCGCGCCGCCGUUGGUGUGGGGCGCCGGAGGCUCCUCUCGCAUUGCAGCUGUAUGGCCAAUGGAUCGCAUCAGGGCGGCGUGUGGGAAUUGAGGGUGCGCUGCUUCUCCUCGUGGUUACAUCAUCACCAUGAGGCGCAGGAUUAUCUCAGGUCAACUAUGGUUUUUAGAUUUGGUCCGCCUGGACAGUACGUUUCGAGGCGUUUCUACGCUGAUAUGCCUUCGCAUCAGCCUCUUGGAAUGCCGUCUCUUUCUCCAACCAUGACACAGGGAAACAUAGUGAAAUGGAAGAAAAAGGAGGGUGACAAGGUUACUGCCGGAGAUGUGCUUUGCGAAAUUGAAACGGAUAAAGCAACAGUUGACAUGGAAUGCAUGGAAGACGGCUACUUGGCUAAGAUCGUAUUUUCGGACGGUGCAAAAGACAUAAAAGUUGGACAGAUUAUAGCCAUAACUGUCGAAGAACAAGGGGAUAUUGAUAAGUUUAAAGACUACAAAGCUGACGCUCCUGCUGCACCUCCGAAGCCCGCUCCCAAGGAAAGCCCUCCUCCACCGAAACCCACAGAAAGCCCAAAACCGGCUCCGUCGCCCAAGCCUGCUCCAGCUGCAUCUGGUGAUAGGAUCAUAGCCAGCCCCAACGCUAGGAAGUAUGCUCAGGAUAACCAAAUAUCUCUAUCAGGAGUAGCGGGGACUGGGCCUGGAGGUCGGAUCGUCAGAGCGGAUGUAGAGGGCCUGAAAGGUGGCCAGCAAGUACAAGAGCCUCGGCGUGCUGAAACGCCUGGUGAUUCUACUUCGCUGGACUACACGGAUCUACCAAACACACAAAUCAGACGGGUCAUUGCUCAACGCCUUCUUCAAUCAAAGCAAACGAUUCCACAUUAUUAUUUGACCGUGGAUGUUCGUGUUGACAAGCUCCUUGCACUAAGGACUCAGUUGAAUGCCAAGCUGGAGAAGGAGAAAAGGAAAAAGCUUUCUGUUAACGAUUUCGUUUUGAAGGCUGCGGCGUUAGCGCUGAAGAAGGUUCCAGAGUGUAAUAGCUCGUGGACUGACGAGUUUAUCAGGCAGUUUCACAACAUAAAUAUCAGCGUUGCUGUACAAACGGAGCGGGGUUUGAUGGUUCCAGUUGUAAAGGAUGCUGAUAAGAAAGGGUUGGGAGCUAUUUCGGACGAUGUAAGAACGUUGGCGGAGAAGGCUAGGGAGAACACACUGAAGCCUAGUGACUACGAUGGUGGCACGUUCACGGUCUCGAACUUGGGUGGACCAUUUGGUAUCAAACAAUUUUGUGCUAUCAUCAAUCCGCCACAGUCGUGCAUUCUUGCCGUCGGCACGACUGACAAGAGAGUGAUUCCUGGUGAGAACGAUGGCGAGUACACAGCGGCUACAUUCAUGUCUGCUACUUUGAGCUGUGAUCACAGAGUUGUGGAUGGCGCAAUUGGAGCGCACUGGCUCGGUGCGUUCAAAGGCUACAUCGAGGACCCCAUGACUUUGCUACUAUAGUGGAGCUCUGGCGAUGGCGAUAAGAAGGAAAUAAAAAUGGACACGAGAAAAUAACCGCGACUCGAACUGGGUAAAUUUUUUUCUUUCUUUAAAGCUUUUUCGAGGACUUGGCUCAGAUCGGCAUUUGUGAAUUUUUCUUCGUCAAUAAAAACCCAUUGGAGCUA